UCCACACAUUCUAACCUCCAGCCCUUCAAGACAAGUUGAGCACUGUUCUGGCUGCUGCUGCUCAGCUUGGCAGCUUGCCACCACAGCUGCAGCACAGCAGCAGCAAGCCACACGAGAGGACAGGCAGACAGCAACGUCCAGGAGGAGGAGGGGGAGGAGGAAGAAGAAGAUAUCAGAGAUCAGUCGCGUUUGUGUGCUUGCGUGAAGAGUCGGAGAGACUGAGCAUCCAUGGAGAACGUCAAGGGGGGGCAGGGCGCGGCGGCGGCGGGAGGGAAUGGGUGGAUGACGGUGCCGGCGUUCGGGGACUGGGACAUGAAGAACGGCGCGCUGCCGGACUACUCCAUGGACUUCUCCAAGAUCCGGGAGAUGCGGAAGCAGAACAAGAAGGAGCUCUCCCGCACCAGCCUCGGCGGCGACGACGACCUCAUCGCCCAGCAGAAGCAGCAGCAGAAGCCAGCGCAGGCCAAGGCCCAGGUCAAUCUCGGCCGGCCGGCCGACGACCACCACCAGUCGCUCCAUGGCCGCGACGGCUCGCCGACGGGAAGGAAGACGUUCCUGAGCUACUUCCAGUGCUGUAUCAAAGCCUGAAGAACUGCUACCAUUGCCUGUACUGUUGUGUCACAGUGCAAACUACUCAUCUUAUUUUUAGAUUAGGCUUCUUAGACUCUGUCAAGUCUUGCAAGAUGUGUAAUAUAUUCUCCGUGAUGCUUAAUAUUUUGGUCUUUCAGAGAACAAAACGAUUUAUGAGUGACACAGAUUGCUUGCGAGUUGAGGUACAAAUCUGUAAUAUAUUGAAGGAUAAAUGGCAUCUUGUGUUUUGUACGGAUGCAGAGGCAUGAUUGAUUUGGCUUUGUUUCUGCUAUCACGAGGAAAGACAUAAUUUGCCAGGAUGAAAGACGAUAUAAUGUUUACUCAUCAUGAUUCCUUGAGACAUUUGGAGAUAAUACUGUAAA